AUGGGCCACCUUAUCACUGUUGCGACAUGUAGUUUAAACCAGUGGGCCCUCGACUUUCAGGGUAACCUGCAAAGAAUUAUUGAAAGCAUCAAGAAGGCGAAGCUUGCUGGCAGCAAGCUCAGAGUUGGCCCAGAGUUGGAAGUAUGCGGAUAUGGAUGCUUGGAUGACUAUGGUAUUACUCCUGCAGUUUUUACUAUCACUCGUGAUAAUGCUUCUGCAAACACUACCAUGCUCUCAGAAUAUGAGAACUUAGCAUGCAAGAACGAAACUACAUUACAGCAACCAUGGGCAUAUACAACAAAAGAAGGCGAUGUCAGAUGUAUUGGGCACAUUAUAAACCUUGCUGUUCAAGCUGCUUUAACAUCGUUAAAGGCAGUACCAGCAGAUGAGCCAAACGCAUACCGCCUUGAGUAUGGAGCUGCCUGA